AAUGAACUACUUGUCAUAAGAACAAGUAGUCCUCGUAGUGCACAAUUUUUUAAUAAUUUUAUUAUACGCAAAGGUAAUAUUUUCAACAAUUGAACUGGAAGUAAUGAUAGCAAUGACCACUAGGAGUCGCAAAAAGAUGUGAGGAAUAGAAAACCAGCGAAGAAGAGAAGAAACUAACCGGGUUUUGAAUGCUCUCCGUCUGUAGUGUUCAUUAAUACCAUUACAUCAUCAUUAUGGUUUGGUUAGAUAUCUAAAGAUUCUGUGAAAGAGGACGCCACUUGGCUUUCAGAAAGGUGAGUGAGGGCACAGUGUAGCCAUGGCAGCUGUACAGUCUGUCCUGAUGUUUGCAGUCUGCGUCCUCGUGAUAACAGAGCUGAUUCUAGCCAAGAAGGACUACUAUGAUAUACUGGGAGUGCCCAAAGGUGCAUCAGAACGCCAGAUAAAAAAGGCUUUCCACAGGCUUGCAAUGAAAUUUCACCCCGACAAGUACAAGAGUCCAGAUGCUGAAGUAAGAUUCAGAGAAAUCGCUGAAGCUUAUGAAGUUUUGUCCGAUAAGAGCAGAAGAAGAGAGUAUGAUCAGUUUGCCGACGACAUGUACACAGGGCAGACGCAAAGAGCAGGCGCCCACCAACCUUUCACCUUCAACUUUGAUGACAUGUUUAAGGACUUCAACAUCUACAGCCAGAACAGACAUUCUCGCCACAGGCGACAUUUUGAAGAACACUCCAAACCCCAAAAAGAGUCCCACAGCAGACGCAGGAGACACUUUCAGGGCGGCUUCGGGGCAGGGAUCCUCGACGACAUGUUUGAUGACAUAGACAGAAUGUUUACUGUCGAUAGACACGCCAAACAGACUGGAGGCAGGUUUCACGGUACGACAAAGCAGCACUGCAGAACUGUAACCCAGCGCAGAGGAAACAUGGUGACCACUUACACGGACUGCACCGCAUCAUAAAAUGAUUUAGGGACCUAAAUUGCUUCGACAAGAUUGGUAAUGCGGUGUUGUCAGGAUUAUUCAGCAGAAAGUGGGUUGCAAGCUUACACUUACUUUAGAGUGAGUGUAAGCUUCAAAUAAGCUAUAUUGUGAAUGAAUGUCAUGAGUUUUGCUUGCUGUUUGUGUAAGUUGAAAUUUUUCUUUAUUUUUUAUUUUUUCAUGAAGCAAGCACCUGGGAGUUUUGACAAGAAUUCAUGUUGCAUCAUUCAUUUUUAGUCUAGGGUCCACUUUGUCUUCCAUUACACCUGAAGUUUUUCAAAUGGAAAACAGGAAUCACAAUAACCUACUUUCUUCUACAUGUUUGUUUUUUUUUUACUUUUGUUUCAGCAUUUUUUUCCACAUCCUCUUGAAACACUCCUACAUUGUAUGGUGCCAGUAAUGUUUUUUUUAAUGUUUUUAUUGUAAUGUUUAUGGUCAACGUCUUUUUUGUUGUUGUUGUUUUGUUUUGUUUUUCAAUGCACUUGGUGCAAAGGGAUUUGAAUAUCUGUGAAACAGAAAACUCUAGUAUCAUAGAUAUGUUUGUGUGUCAGAGUUUACAUCAAGUGGGGCAGUGGAACUGUAAAAUAAUUCCCCCUAAAUAUGAGUGCUCAAUUCGUAGACAGCAGGACGUCCUGUCUCGGUUCUUCAAAACACUUCUUCCAAACGAUUGCUUUUUUUCCUUUUAGCUUUAAUCUUAUUAGACAGAUCCACAGAGAGCUUGUUUGAAUGGAGAGAAAAGUUUUUGAAAACCUGGAAAGCAUGUCCAACUGCUCCUUUUUUUUUUUUUUUUUUUUUUGAGUGACUUGAGUAUGAGCUAUAUAACGUAACAUCUAUACUGACUAAUAAAACUAUUAGGGCCAAGUAAAUUCUUAUUGUCAAUCCCAGCUUGUCCAGUGUUGAUACAUUUCUGUUUUUCUUAUCUUGGUUUGUUACUGUAAAAUAUCUAACAGCACUUUAAAUGUUGUAAAUUAAUUGUAAGAACAAAACUAUUUAUUGGUUUACAGUUAAGUUUUAAUCACAGAUGAGUGAGUAAUUCAAUUUAAAAACAUUGGACAGUUUUUUUUUUAAAACAUAAAAUCAACAAUCCUGACAGCAGGGAUUAUACUGUUACUGGCAAUUGUCAGUCAUCCACUGUGACUGUGAAAAUAGUACAACAGAGACUCCACUUUCUGGGGAAACUAAAAUCAAUCACUUCCUACCAACGGGACAUGUUAGACAUGUUACAGCUGGGUCUUUCCUUGCCAGGAUAUGAAAACUCUUAAGCUGAAGACUCUUAUCCAGUAGUCCAAAACACUUCUGUUCAGAUUAGAGUAAAUUUUGUAUUUAAUUUGAACAUUAAGGUCCAAGAGUCUGGAAGAAGACAACAGACUCUUCCUCACAGUUGGUGAGGAUUCUGGGAAUCAUGUCACCUGCUCACAUUGGUCCAUUGUGCUUUAUCAAGUCCAAAAUCAACUACCUAGUCACUUUAUGUUUACCCCUGUUGACAAGCUUUACCGAGAAGCUGAUUACAACUAUUAGUUUGGUGAUCAUGAUAUGAACAUUUUCCAUAAGCCACAGUUAUUACAGUUACACAGAAAUUACAACUUCAAAUCGGUUGUUCUCUGUGCAUAUUUCUCUUAAGCUUGUUGAAUGGAAUUUUUUAAAAUGUUAUAUAUUUUUUAAUAACACUCUAGGAGUAUGGUGUCCAGAGGUUU